UGCGUGCGUGAUGAUGACGAGAGAGAGGUUGGCUUAUUAUCUCAUACAAGACCCCAGACAGACAGUUGGUGUAGGUCCUCCCACCGCCGUCUGCCUAUUUAUACGGUUAUACACGCGGCCGCGGGUCGUGAUAGAGGACGCGGCUUGGAGACAGAGAUAAAUCACAACGCGUGCCGGCUUUGGCCCAGGCUGCAGCCAUGCCACUUCUGGAAGAGACGACUCUGCCACAAGACCACCCUCCCACGGUCCCUGUGGUCAUCAUAGGCAACGGGCCAUCAGGUAUCUGUCUGUCCUACCUGCUGAGUGGAUACAAGCCCUACUUCGACUCAGCAACUGUCCACCCAAACCCAAUACUGUACAGAAAACUGCAGGAGACCAAGCAACUCGCCAUCACUGAACAAGACCUGGAAUAUCUGAGUGAAGGGCUUGAGGGAAGAUCAAGCAACCCGGUGGCAGUGCUUUUUGAUACACUGCUGCACCCCAAUGCUGACUUUGGCUAUGAGUUCCCUUCUGUGCUUCAGUGGAGGAGAGACAAGCAGCAGCACAUCCCACACGUGGUUCUCGGGAGGGCGACACCUGGAGGAGCGUGGCAUGCAAUGGAGGGUUCGAUGCUCACUAUAAGUCUUGGCAUCUGGAUGGAGCUUCCUGGGGUCAACUACAGAGACUUAACCGGUGGGAAACGCAGGGAUGCGACCAGUGAUAGGGCCACCCCAGAAGAGAUCUCCUCUUAUUACCGUAACUACGUGAAGCUAAAGGGGCUCCAAAAACAUUUUGUUGACAACACUUAUGUGACCUCCGUCCAGAAACUCUGUCGGGGGAAUGAGGGGGAAAGUGUGGAGAAUGGGAGCCCUGUUGAAGGAGAUGGAGGGGUGGGAGAUGGCGUUAAUGAGGGACUUGAGGGAAAUAGAGGAGAAUGUGUAAACAGUGGAGGAGGGGCGGCUCUCUGGGAAGUCAGGGGAUACCAGCAGGUGCAGAAUGACACGCAUGUGCCCUUUUCCCUGUUUGCUGAAAAUGUCGUCCUGGCCACUGGUGCGUCUGAUGCGCCAGUUCGAUUAGGCGUAGAGGGGGAGGAUCUACCUUUUGUGUUCCACAGCAUCUCAGACCUCGGCUUGGCUGUGAGUCGACGGAAACUGGACAUGAACUCCGAUCCGGUUCUGAUCGUAGGUGCUGGCUUGAGCGCAGCCGAUGCAGUUCUGUGUGCUUGCAGCAGCAACAUUAGAGUGCUGCACGUGUUCCGUAAGGGCACCGACGACCCAGACCUCAUCUUUAAGCAACUGCCCAAAACCCUGUACCCAGAAUACCAUAAAGUCUACAACAUGAUGUGCUCCCAGACCUACAAAAACGUGGCUCCCUCCUCUGCCCCAAACAGACCCCAGUCAGUUAGCAUUGCCUCUUCAGUUUGUGCCAAGAUGUGCCCAAAGCCCCAGCUGGCCACCGGCAGCGUGGCUGGUAAUGAUAGUGUCGGCCUGUUUCCUGACUACACAAGUUUCUCCGACCACUGUGUGGUGUCCUUCCAGUCUGACAUGAAGUGUUUGCUGCAAGGGAACAACUCCCUCAAGGCCUUCAAGAUCUCCAUGGCCCUGGUACUGAUCGGGACCAACCCAAACUUGUUUUUCUUAAAGGGGCAGGGCCAGUACCUUGGUCAGGAUCCAACAAAGCCCAUCUCCUGCAAGCAAAACCCCAUUGACAUAGACCCCUACACUUUUGAGUGCACCAAGGAACCAGGUCUGUUUGCGAUGGGGCCAUUGGUGGGAGACAACUUUGUUCGCUUUUUAAAGGGUGGCGCGCUGGGCAUUGCUUCAUGUCUGCUCAAGAGACUCAAGAGCAAAGGGAAGCUCAUCAGCAAUGGAGGAAACAACUUCAUUUGAAAUGGUCAGAAAAGAUUGGCGCGGUGGUCUCAAGGCACCGAUU